AUGUCCUCGCCCGACGCACCGAGGACGCCUUCCUCUUCCCUACCAAAGGAUAAUGCAGACAAGACCCCCAUCCAACCACCAGGAACAACUGCCGCCACCACUUCCUCUAAAAACGACUCUCUCGCACCAAUAACAAACGCCAAACCACUUACCACGGACCCAACGGCCACAGUGACCACAACUGCCACGGACAAAAACAACGCCUCAGAAACGACCAUCGCCACCACCACAACAACUCCUGCUGCCGCCACGGCCACAGCAGAUGCGGGUGCGGGUGCUGCCAACGCAAUCGUCAAGCCCUCGGCCGGGUCGACAACUCCUCGGGCUGGGGCAAAAGAUGGCGAAGCGUUGGAGCCCUCAAAGUCAGGAACAAGCUCUGGAACAGCCCUGCACCCAGUCGCCAAUUACCCCCUCCCUCCACCCUUCCUCUCCACGUCGGAACCCAACAACAAGAACAACACCUCCAUCGUCCACCCACUCGUAAAUGCCGAUGGAGACAGCACUGAGGAAGACAAUGCCUCUGAAAUCGCCUCAGACAUCCAAGAACACUCACAACACAGCGACAACGGGAGCAUUCAACUAGUAGCGCUGGAUGAUGAAGAGAAUGAAGCAGGGCAAACCAAUGGUCAUACCGUCGAGGUUGUGGCAAAGGAGGGCGGGAGCACAGCCCCUGCCGACAACAAUAACAACAGCGACAACAAACCUCCAGCAAACAAGGUCGUCACCUCAGGAACGGAGGCGCCUGUUUCGGUCGUCAAUAUCUCUAAAGCACCCAGCACCACGGUUGAACCCUCAGAAGGACGGCCACAUGAGGAACCAGAGGAAUCUGUCGCGUCCUAUACCUCACCCAACUUUGAGUGGGCCAGGAUUCUUCAAAAGCGCCUCGGCAAGAACCUUAGCGACGCGCAGCUCCUGGCGCGGUCCAACAGCAUGCUGGCAUCACCCAGUAUCCUGGCCCAGUCUCUCACCCAAGUCAUCCCUAGUCUGCAGGUCAAGGAGACUUCGCCACUCUCGCCCGGAACCACUAUCAAAUACCAAACUGCGGAGGAGCUCUUUGACAGGCCAGCUUCAAUUGAGCCUUCUGUUCCAGCAUACAAACCAGAUGAACAGCCUGCACGAGACGACCCUUUCCCCUCCAGCGCCUUCGCAAGCAGUUCCCAUGGUCCUCUCCUCCUCUUUGCUCCCUUGAAUCCGGACCAGCUCUAUGGAAAGAAUCCUACCACGAUUCCACCGACGGCACCACCACCGGCAGCUGAGAACUCAUCACAACUGAGAGUACCGCGAUCCCAACCUCAACCUCCACCAACCACCAGCCCAGCCCAAAUGCAACAACCACACCACCAACCCGCUGCUCAACAGCCCGGACUUGUUGCCAUCCAUGCUAUACCCACUCAAAGGAAUUCUCCCAUUUCUAUACCGCAUUCGAUGGCGACAGCGACACCAACGCAGCCUUCAAGGAAUCACCUCGGCGGAGAACUGCACCAGUCCCCUCUCAUGUCCAGGGAUGCCGGUCCAGGGGCAAGGAACAUACGCCAUAGCAUAGGAGUGCAUAUCCAGGAUGACCGACUCGCAGCUAAUUCUCACUCGAAUACCAACCACAGGACACUGAACGCUCAAAACUCGUCGUCUUCUCUGGUCGCCACAUCCAUGCCACCGAAUGUCAAGGAUCAACAUGGAGCCACCGUCUCCAACUAUCCCAUCGCUCCAAUCCAAUAUACCCCUCUUACGCAGUAUAAGCCUAUCAAGAAAGCACACAGUCUCCCAGCGCCUGUCAAAGAGACACCAGCUCCAAUCAAGGAGACACCAGCUCCAGUCCUGACGCCCUCUGCCGACCCACCAACAGAUACAGCUCACGAUCAGGAUUUAGCUGCAACAACACCCACCCCCGCCAGUGCCAUACAGGAAGAAUCUAAACCGGACCCAACGUCGACAUCCGCGGCAGAUACAGCGCCUCAGUGGGCUCUGGAGGCAUUGUCGGGAUUCUCGGACAUUAAUUUCGAUACUACGCUGCCUGUAGGCGCUGCGGUUGCAACUACUCUGGCUAGUACCUCUCAUUCAUCUGAGGCACCUAGCAAAACUCCCAUGAUCAUUCCUCCUAUAAGUGUGAGAUCCCGGUCGAAUCUUUCUGUAAACGACGCGUCGCCGGGACAGGCGAAGCAGAUUCAGUCGCCAUUCGAAUCGGCCCAACAGAAUAUCGAGCGCUCAAGCCCUGUGAAGCACGGACACAAUGUACAAGGCAAUCACCAGGCAGGGAGAAGUAUUUCAAGUCUACGAGAGGUGCAGAUUGGCCACAUGGGUAUUGAGCGAGCAAGCCUCGAUGUUGGACACCAAAGACGUGGUGAUACUGCCUCAUUAUCGGACAUUACCCCUUCAGCGACAACAGGAGUACCGCCCAUGUUUGACUUGGGCUCUGGAUAUCAGAUUUCAUGGCUUCCGCAGAGCCAACCAUUGCUUCCGCGGAGGGACGACAUCAACUCGAUCGACGUACCGGCAUUGACAGGAAAGCAACUUUUGCCACUAGAGCCGCGCGAAGUUCAAAUCAACAAACAGGAUCCUUGUCUUCAGUUCAAGCACAUUGGUGAAGCACUUCGACAUUGGGGCCAACUGAUGCCGGAAGGGAACGCCUUCGCUAAUCUAGACGGCAAGGGCAUCGAGUGCGGAUCCUGGGACUGGUCGUUUACUCUCGGGAAAGCCGAGAUGGUCGCAAAAGCCAUUCACGACAAGACACAGCUUCGCGUUGGAUCCAGGGUGGCGCUUGUUUUCCGCAUUUCAGAGAUCUUGGAGUUCGUUGCUGCGUUCUACGGUGCUAUUCUCGCAGGAAUGGUCCCUGUUCUUGUCAAUCAGAUUCAGGAGUUCUCCGAGAUGGUUUAUAUCAUGACUUCUGCCAGAGUCGAGCUCGCCUUGACAACCCAGUUCAAUCACCAGGCUCUCCACAAGGAUAUGCGUAAGGGAGCACUGUGGCCCGCCGGCGUAACCUGGUGGCAAACAGACAUUUUGGAGACGUGGGCGCCCAAGAACGGCCAGCAAGAGCGAUCACCCCUUCCGGAAAAUGAGCUCGCUUACAUUGAGUAUACCAAGUCGGCGUCUGGAGAAUUGAAGGGCGUUGCCGUGAGUCAUCUGAACCUGAUGACCCAGUGUCGAUCUCUCUACUCCAGUUUCCUGUGGCGACCGGCACUCUUCCGCGACAAGCACAACCACUUCCAAGCGGAUCCUAACCUGACAGCAGACGCAUCUGUGGCUCACUCCAUGGACGGCAAGGUCAACCCCGAUAAGCCCGCCCUUUCUGGCACAGUGAUGUCGUGGCUUGAGCCUCGACAGCAGUCGGGGCUUGUUCUUGGAGCCAUCAUGGGAGUAUUUUGCGGCAACUUCACUGUCUUCAUGGAGGCAGGCAUCACCGCCGUUUCAGGUCUUUGGGCUCACUCUGUGGCCGCCUAUCGAGCGAACAUUACCUUUACCGACUACAGUGGAAUUCAAAGGCUGUUGAAGAACUACAGGAUCAACCCUCAGGCGACCACAACACCUUCUCGACCCGACCUUCGCUUUCUUCACACGGUCUACGUGGACGUUCAGUGCAACAAUGUGAGGUUGAAUCGGGAGUUCCUGGACGAUUUCCUCUACCCACUCGGAAUGAUCCAGCGAUUCUGCAUCUCCAAAGAUGACUUGCCAGGACUUGAAGCAGCCUCCAAGAAGUGUCGAAGCGACUUGGGACUUAUCACAUUCCUUAGUCUGCCAGAUCAUGGUGGAAUGAUCGUUGCGCUUCGGGACCCGUUGACUCAUCCUAAGGGCGUCGAUAAGAUCGAGCUUCGGAAAACGCACAGGAUGUCAGUUCUACCUAAACCAAGGCGACCAUCUUUGGACCAGGCCGAUGACUCGAACGACCAAGGCAGCAAAAAUUCAGCUGCGGACGCCCAUGGGUAUGGCUCUUUGAUGAACAGCCCCGUGUCAUCGCUGACUGCUGGAGAGUACCUGCUGCACAGGGCCGCCCUCCGUGCGAAUCGUAUUAUCGUCUUGGCCACAGGGAAAGAGGCGUUCGAUCGAAGGAACGAAGAGGGCACCGUCCUGGUCGGUGCUUUUGGAUACGCUCUUGCACAAUCCUCCGUUCUAGUGGUAGAUCCGGAGACUCUGGCGCUGUCUUUGCCGGAUUCGGUCGGUGAGAUUUGGGUCAGCUAUCCAGGACAGCCGAUGACCUUCUGGGGCCUGCCCGAGCACUCUCAGGAGAUAUUCCAGGCCAAGCCAUAUAUUGUCACGGAGGAGGCCAUGAUUCCUCAGGUGUAUGCGGCAGAUGGAUCCGACAGGUUGCUUCGAACAGGGCUUUUGGGAGCCGUGAUUGAAGGUCGCAUAGUUGUGUUUGGAUCUUACUGGGAUCGGUUACAGCAGGAUCAGGCGGACCCUAUGAAGACCAUCGGAUUUCAGUACGAGUACCAUCACGCGUCUGAUUUGUCGCAGACUCUCUUCAACCGUGUUGGUGGCAUUAGCGAAGUGUCCAUCUUUGAGUGUCAAGUCAACAAGGAUUUCCUGCCAGUCAUUUGCAUUGAGAUUACCAAGGAGAGUCGCGCCAAUGGACAGCCCAUCAACACUGUUGCACAGCAGGUCGCAAUCAACGCCCGUUAUAUCCUGCAAGAGGUGAACGCACUUCGGAGUUACUGUAUCGCUGUCUGGGAUAUGAAUGCAUUGCCCAGGAUCUUCAAGAACGGUCGUCGGGUUGUUGACCAUGCCCUCUGUAAGGUUAUGUUCACAAUGGGCCGUAUUUACAAGCUGCUCUACUUUGCGACCUUCACAGACGAUGUCCUAUUCAAUGUUCCUCAGGGUGAUGACCUCGCCAAUGGCUUCUGGAGUCGAGAAUGUGCUGCCAAGAGACAGCGGAGGCAAGGAUCAGCGAUGCGCUUUGUUCAGUACACCUCCAACAUUGCCAGUUCUGAUGCCUAUGACGAAAAGGCGAACGUGUUUAUGGGCAAGUUCCACAACAUAACCGACAUCGUCAUGUGGCGAUCCAUGAUCCAACCAGACGAUGCUGCAUUUGUGGAGCUGGAUUCGCGUGGAAAGGAGCAACGGACCAUCUCCUUCAAGAAGUUCAACCAGCGGGUUACUGGAUACGCUAUGUACCUAGAGAAGAAGUGUGCCCUCAAGGCAGGCGAUCACGUCAUCCUUUGGUUCUCGCAGGAUCUCGACUAUGUGGUGACACUCCACGCCUGCUGGGUGCUGGGCUUGAUUCCCAUCCCUCUUCAGCUACCUGACCACCCUCACACGAACGCACAUCCAACUGCGGUUUCACUUGUUGGAUUGGGCGCAGCCAUAAACGGACCGACUAUCGCUGGAUCUAACGCGACGACCAACCAUGCAUCAGCAGCGGCCAACCGAAUCAGCGAGGAAAAGAAGAGUGCCAUCCUUACGGCGCUUUUCUGCAUUCUGGACGAGGUCAAGGUCAAGGCGAUUCUCGGCAACAUGGCGACAGACGACUUCCUCAAGCAGAAGACCACCGGCACUUCUCUUCGGGCUCGCAGGGCAGAGUUUUCUCCAGUAUACGUGCAAACCCCUGAGGCAUUCUCCACGGCAGAUAUCUUCCUCCCUGCAUUCCACAACGUCACCAAGGCUCCGAAGAACAAGCAAACUCUUGGCGCUCUGUCGGGCUAUGCGCCACGGAAAGAAUGGUUUGCGGCCACUUACCCAGCUGUGUAUCUGAUCGAUCCCGAGGUCCGAGUCGGAUCUGUUGCUUUCCGGAGACUUCUCAAGUUGAACCACGAGACCCUGAACAGUCUCUGCAGGAACCAAAAGUUGCAGUUCAAGGUUCAUUCGGGCCAAGCCAAUAUUGCCUGCAUGAACAUUUUCAAUGGACUUGGAUUCAUCCGAGGCUGUCUUAGUGGUAUCUACAGCGGUGGACCUACUGUUCUGCUUCAGCCAGCAGACGUUUAUGCCAACCCGAACGUCUGGAUCGAAGCUGUUUCCCGUUACAAAGCGUUGACGUACCCCCUGUUGGAGCAACUGCUUCAGAGACUGGAUUCGAUUACGUCCCACAGUACGGCGUCUCUGGAGUCCAUCAAGAACUUUGUGGUUUGUGGUCAUGAAAGGGUCCAGAGGAAUGCUUUGGGCCUCAGCCGUCUGAGUGCUCUUAAGCUCGAUGCAGCAUCGGUCAAUAUCUUGUACAGUCAUUCUCUCAACCUUAUGGUGACAUCUCAGUCUGACCGAGCCACAGGACCCAUCCGGAUCCAUGUGUCUUCAAAGCAGCUUCGCUACGGUAUUAUCUCACCCACGACGGAAGGCGAUGACAAAACAGGGAUUUGGUUGGAAGACGUCGGAACUCCCACCGUGUGUACCUCUGUUGCGAUUGUCAACCCGGAAACGAUGGAAGUAUGCACUUCAAAUCAGGUGGGAGAGAUCUGGGUUUGCUCAGACUCCAGCACCAAUGGCUUCCACUACCCACCAGGUUACCAGCCAAACCCAUCGCAGCCUCAGCCCUUUGGGGCAUGCAUUGCAGGAUACGACAGUCGUGUGCGGUAUGUGCGGACAGGCGACCUUGGAUUCCUGUGGAACAACCAACAUCACCAACUUGCCAACCAGGGCCAAUGGAAUCCUGGCCAGUCGGCUGUCGGUCUUUUCCAGCUGUUUGUUCUGGGCAGUUUGGAUGAGUCGUUCCACGUUCAGGGACUACUUCACUUUGCGGCCGAUAUCGAGUCUACUGUGGAGAGCUCACAUGCCAAUGUUGCAGCACAGGGAUGUGUGGCAUUCAGGACGCCAAAAGGCAAGGCCAUCUGCGUAGUCAAGGUCCAGAAACAGGAUCCUGAGGUGUUGGUAUCAAUGUAUAUACCCCUGAUGCACGCCAUUCUGGACCAGCAUCAGUUCUUGCCCGAUACUAUCGCUCUUGUCGGAGAUAGCGUUUCCACUGCACGCCGAGCCUCUGACGGCCUGAAGCCAAGGGACACGAUUGCUGGCUUGUACCUUUCUGAUCGACUUCCUCUUCUCCAUCUGCACUACUGUCAUGGAAAGCCCCUGGCGCCUGUCUUGGGUAACAUGUUGCCCGUGACAGGUGAGUCCCCCCCUAAUUCUAGGGGAUCCAAUCGCUCACAUGGCCACCAGUCCAGCAGCCAACAGUCCACAUUAAUCUCACAGCCCCAGCCGAUAUCGCAGCAACAACAGCUUCCAACGGCAACUACAGGAAGCCGUCUCGUGACUGGGAUCGGUCCAGCACCAAUGUCGAAUCUUCGGGGCGGGUCAGCCCCUGCACAUUUGUAUGGAUCAGGGUUCAGCGGCAGCAACAACCAUUCGCCUGUAGAACCCCACGGCAACAGCGGGAGCCGCAACAGCAUCUUUGGAUCGCCGCUGCUACUCGCCAACAUCCCCAUGCCCCCUGGAACCAUCAACCCGUUGGUUCAGUCGCCCAUGGGAAACAACGCAGUUGGUGGUUUAGGUGGAGGUGGAUAUGUCCCUCAGACGCAAUACCAACAGUCUGGGUACGGAGCUGUCCCCAUUUCAGCUCCUACCUCUAUCCCUGUAUCCAUUUCCACACCACCUCACCACCAACAGUCAGUGUCGCCUCCUAACACUGGCAUGGGAUACCCCCCUGUCAUCGUGAGUGCAAUGGCUGUGCAGGCUACGUUCGACGGCAUUGGACGACCAAUGUCACAGCAAGGAUUCGUCAGCAGCCCGCCAAACACUGGAGGAUCUAACAACACCCAGUCCUCUAGUACAGGCGCAAGUAGCGCGCCAGGCCGUGGACCUUCCAGUGGUGAUCGGCCCAGAGGUCUUCAGCAUCAGCACUCACAUUUACACCAGCAACCGUCGACAGGAGGACAGAGAGCCACACACCCUCGCCAAAUUCGGGGCCAGGAGGCUCGGUCAUCUUCGUCGGAAGAGCUGAGGUUAGAUGGCAAGCCUGGAAGCGGUGGCGCCGUAAAGAACAUUAUGAAGGGCGUCAAUGCCAAGUGGUCUGAGAUGCGCAAGGCCGGCUUAAACUGA